AUGGGACGUCCAUCUGCCACCUCUUUUGGCAAACUGGUCUCGUCCCUCUUCGCAUCAUGGGCAGUAGUCUCAGAUGUCAUCGGGGGGAUUGCCAAUGCCGCCGCUCUUGCUUCCCCCUCUGACGCUUUGGAGAGUCCCUCUCCCUUCUUCUCCCAAUUAAGGCGCUGUCCUGCCGCCUGCAGCAACUGCCAGUCCCCGGAAGAAUGGACCGUUUACUCGACCUUUGACCGGCUCAAACACUGCAACGAAACCCUCUUGAUCGACUUUUCCAUCCACAUCCCGCUGGACACCCCGGACAUUGUGGUCAGGGCGUGCAGCACGGCUGGCAAUGCACCAGUCAACCCUGCUGUUGCUGAGAUCGUCACCUCUCAGUCCUUACUUGAUGGCGAGGACGAAGGCGGAUUCUCUACCGCUGCUGCUGCUACCUCUGAUGUCUGUGUCGAGGCAAGUAAUAGUAACACUGUCGAGGCGGAACUGGCCUGGCGGGCCGGCGAGCACUCCAGCGUCAGUGGUGAUCGCGAUGAUGUCCUUCUUGCUGCCCAAGAGGUGCAGCGCAAUCUCCAGACUGUUGAUGGAUGUGAUGAAACCAUCAUUUUUGGCUACUCCAAUGAGGUAGUGGUCGGUGUCUUCGCCGGUUCCAAGGUUGACAAGGCUAGUGUGGCAUCUCUAAUCAACGCCCAGUUUCUUGCCAAAGACAGGAGGGAAACUGUUAACCCGGAAAGCGUGUCAAGCUUUCUCCAGAUCUGUGGCAAGGGACGCAAUGCUGACUACACUGUUGGAGUUGCUGCCGGCAACAUCGCUUCAGUUCAGGCCGCAGUCCUGUCUUGGAGCAAGGCCGUCUGUGUCGAUACCAGUGGGGCCACGAAAGUGGAACGACAGAGCGUUCAGAUCAAGACUCGUCCAUAUAAAAAGCCCGUUUCGCAAAGCAUCUACAGCAACAGCACAGCCCUCCAACCCCGUCUUUACCUCGCGGAUUGCACCACUGUCAAGGUCGUUUCGGGUGACAUAUGCCAGACUCUCGCCGAGGACAAGUGCGGUAUUACCUUGACUAAGUUCAAGUCGUAUAACAACUUGACCGACAGCGGCUGCAACAGUCUAGUGGUCGGCCAGGCCGUGUGCUGCACGAUCGGCCCUCUCCCAGACAUUCGACCCAAGCCAAAGGCCAACGGGGAGUGUGCCUCGUACAUCAUCAAGAGCGGUAAUAGCUGUUCGUCCAUCGCCGCCGCCAACGGUCUCACCGUCGACGACCUUGACAAGUUCAACAAGAAGACGUGGCAAUGGAACGGCUGCGACCUGAUCCUUCCCGGCGUCAAGAUCUGCCUAAGCACCGGCGACCCGCCGUUGCCUGCGCCCGUCAGCAACGCCAUCUGCGGUCCUACAAAGCCGGGCACAACCCGGCCGAGUGACAAGUCAAAGGAGCUUGCGGAUCUCAACCCAUGCCCCCUAAAUGCAUGCUGCAACAUCUGGGGCCAAUGCGGCGUGACCGAUGAGUUUUGCAAGAUCACAACGUCCAAGUCGGGCGGCGACACGGGCUGCAUCUCCAACUGCGGUAUGGAGAUAAUUAAAGGCGCCGAGCCGCCCGCAUUCUACCGCACGGUGGGCUAUUUCGAAGCUUGGAACAAGGAACGGCCGUGCCUCCGCAUGGAUGCCAGCCAGAUCGAUGCGGAGAACAUCCAGUACAUGGACCAGUUCAACAAGUUUAAGGCGCUUAAGAAUAUCAAGCGCAUCGUGGCCUUUGGCGGCUGGGCCUUUUCGACCGAGGUGGCGACGUAUGCGCGCUUCAGAGAGGGCGUGCAAGAGGCGAACCGCGAGGUGCUCGCUACGAAGAUCGUUGCCUUUGUCAAGCAACACGGCCUGGACGGUGUCGACUUCGAUUGGGAAUAUCCUGGCGCCGGUUCCCCAGAUAUUCCUGAUAUUCCCCCUGGUACACCGGAUGACGGCCCCAAUUAUGCCGCGUUCCUCAAGCUGGUCAAGCAGAAGUUGAGAGCAGUCAAUACGAAUCUGACUUUAUCGAUCGCUGCCCCCGCUGGGUAUUGGUUCCUCAGGGCCUUUCAUCCCCUGGACAAGAUGGCCGAGAGCCUGGAUUAUAUCGUUUACAUGACUUAUGAUCUCCACGGUCAGUGGGAUUAUGGCGGGCCAUGGGCCAGCAGCGGCUGUCCAGAGGGUAACUGCCUCCGGUCUCACGUCAACUGGACCGAGACUGUGAGCGCCCUCACGUUGAUUACCAAGACCGGAGUGCCCGCUUCCAAGAUCCUUUUUGGUAUCGGCAGCUAUGGCCGGUCCUUCCAAAUGACGGAUCCCGGCUGCCGCGACGUGAACUGUCACUUUGUCGGGCCUCAGUCUGGCGCCACGCCGGGGCGAUGCACCCAAACAGCGGGCUACAUUUCCAAUGCUGAGAUCAAUGACAUCACGUACAUCGCCACCCCCGGUGUCAAGACCUGGUCCGACCAAGAGAGCCUCACAAACUUUGUUGUGUACAAUGGCGACCAGUGGGUGGCCUACUCGGGCGGUUUAUUCACAUGGAGGAGGGAGGAGUGGGCGAGGAUUUGGAACUUUGGCGGGACAUCGGAAUGGGCCAUCGACCUCCAAGAGUACCACUACCCCGUGUAUGGUGAUGAACUCGAGGAGGGCAUGGAGUUAGACGACGAGGGGCUGUGGGACGCCCCCAAGGCUGAGUACUGCGAGCCCAAGUCGUUCAAUGAGCUGGACGACAUCCCCGAUGGUCAAACGGCCAAGUGCGGCGCCAUCUACGUGCUGGAAACGCUCGCCAACAUGUUGAAAGCAGAUUUGGCGACAUACAAGGACAUCCUCAGCAACAGCUAUGACAAGAAGUUCAAGGUGUACGCUGAGGUCGUGGCGGAGCUUGCACCAGAUCAGGUUCAGGACUUUUUGCUCGAGCACGGUAACGAUUACUUUACGUGCGUUGUGAACGAAAUCUUUUACUGCGCGGCGUGGUGCGGCAGGGAAUGGGGACUCGGGGAUUCGUAUUGUCGGUACAUUACCAUUGACACAUGCCAGGCCAGCCAUGGCGGCCCCGGAGUUACGUUCGGGAACGUGACGGAGCCGUGCCCGCCCGACUACUCCAAGCGAGGCGCCGGCGACUAUCCUGCGCUACGCGACCAGCGAACGGUGUAUUGGAGCCUCCGACCGGACAAGGCCGAUUCCUUCUACAAGGACUUGUUGAAUGCAACGGGCAUCGACAAGAACGACACAGUAAUCAACUGGCACACGAAAGAGCAGCACAAGAGGUUGGAGUGUCGCGAGUUUCCUAGAUGCCUUGACCAUGGAGAAUGGGACUGGGGCCCGACAACCAAGGGCAACUACAGCGUUUCGGACGUGACGAAUCCCAAGGAAAUAAUCGAGAAGCUCCUCGACACCGCCAGUGGUCUGGAGCACGAACUCCGCAUAGCGGCGCAGGAGAUAUACGCCGGCACGUCCGAGGUGAUGUAUAGUGACAUGGUGGAUUCCACGGGGCUGCCCGUGCUGAUGAUCAGACAAGCAGUAGAAUCCAUGAAGCAGGUGGUGGAAGCAGCCGACGAGAUCAACAAACAAAGGAAGAAGCAGAUGAUCCUGUUUUUCUUAAUGGCCUUUUUGUUCCUGAUCCCCAUCGGCGGAUCGGCCAUUGGGGCCAUCGGCGGACUGGCAAACCUUGGAAGGAUCGUUGCAAUGGCGGGCGAGGCAGCCAUGAUUGGCCUGGAUAUUUAUUCAGUGACUCAAGAUCCGUCGCAAGCCCCGUUCUUGAUCUUUGGCAACAUUCUGUCCGUGGGUGCCCUGAAGAACCCAGUCAAGAUGAACACGGCUGCUGCGGCAAGACGGGCCAUGGGCCCAGAUGACAUUUCCAGGCUAGGUGAGAUCGUGACCAAGGGCCUGGGAAAGAUUGCCACUGUUGUCUCCAAGGUCUGCAGGUAG